AUGGCAGGGGUGGCACUGGAUGAUUUUAUGGUCCCUCCAAAUGUAACUGCUCGGCGAUUCUGUGGGUGUUCCAGGGGCCCUGCAGGGCUCUCCCCUUACCCUUUYCCAUGGAUUUGUUCUCCAGGCACUCCGGGAGUUGGGAAAACCACGCUGGGGAAGGAGCUGGCAUCCCGAGCGGGGCUGAGCUACAUCAACGUGGGGGACUUGGCCAAGGAAGGAGAGCUUUAUGAAGGUUUUGAUGAGGAGUACGACUGCCCCAUUUUGGAUGAAGACAGGGUGAUUGAUGAGCUGGAGGACAAGAUGAGCGAGGGAGGGGUGAUUGUGGAUUACCACGGCUGUGACUUCUUCCCCGAGCGCUGGUUCCACAUCGUGUUUGUUCUGCGCACGGAAAAUUCGUUUCUGUACGACAGGCUGGAAAGCAGGGGCUACACGGGGAAGAAGCUGCAGGACAACAUUCAGUGUGAGAUUUUUCAGACUCUUUACGAGGAAGCYGUGUUGUCAUACAAAAAGGAAAUUGUGCACCAGUUACCCAGCAACACUCCCGAGGACCUGGAGAGAAAUUUGGAUCAGAUUAUGCAAUGGAUUGAGCAAUGGAUGAAGGACAACAACUGACUUUGGGUGAAACCGUAACUGCUGCGUCUCUUGUGGGGAGGGAGGGUUUCAUAAAUGGUAUUUGUAAUUCUUGUAUUAUAAAUGAACAUGAAUUUUGUUGUAAUUGAACGUGGCUGGGGAGUAGAAUAAGGAUCAGAGUAGCCAGGUUGUGUGGGUUUGUGACACAGCCUGCAGAGGCAACAGGAGAACUGAUAAAAGUGAAUUUAAGGAUGAAAACAGCACGGUUGCUCUGAGUAGCAGGAGCUGUGCUCAAUAACUGAGAAUUCUUCAGACUUUAUCAUGAA